ACACCCUGCUUAUUAUUGUCAUUGACUGGUGGAGCAAUUUUCUGCAUAUGAUAAUCAUCUUCACAAAAGAAAUUUUUUUUAAAAAAAUUGGUACUAUGUGAUGAAUUGUUGUCGCUAUAAAUAGUUUCUAUGCAGCAAAUCAAUUCCACAGGACAAACAAGCAGUCUCAAGUAGCUAGAAUAUCAUCACCACUAUCAAUGGCUUCCCUCCAAAACACCAACUUCGACAGCCAAAUUCCUGCCGAGCUGCUCAUUGCUAGCAUUACGCAAAUCCAUGGUGCCAUAUCCAAGCUUGACUCAUUAAGACCUUCCAAGCAAGUGAAUGGCCUCUUCUCUCACCUUGUCAAAUUAUGUAUCCUCCCUUCUUCUAUAGACAUCACUUCCUUGCCGGAAGAAGCCCAAGAAAUGCGCAAAAGCCUCAUUGUUCUCUGCGGCCGAGCUGAAGGUCUGUUGGAGCUUGAGUUCGCAACAUUCUUGAUCAAAAUCCCUCAACCUUUAGCCAACGUUAAUCUGUUUCCUUACUAUGCCAACUAUGUCAAGCUUGCUAACUUGGAAUAUAGCAUUCUAAGCGAAAAUGGAAUCGUCCAACCUAAGAAGGUGGCUUUUGUAGGAUCAGGUCCAAUGCCUCUGACCUCAAUUGUAAUGGCUACCCAUCACUUGAGAUCCACUCACUUCGACAAUUUUGAUAUCGACGAGGCUGCUAAUGAUGUGGCUCGCAAGAUUGUGGGUUCUGAUAGUGAUCUAGAGAAGAGAAUGAAGUUUGAAACAUGUGAUGUAAUGGAAGUGAAAGAGAAGCUAAGAGAAUAUGACUGCAUAUUCCUGGCAGCUUUGGUUGGGAUGAGCAAAGAAGAGAAAGUGAAGAUUCUUGGACAUGUAAGGAAGUAUAUGAAGGAAGGAGGGAUUUUGCUGGUGAGAAGUGCAAAUGGUGCAAGAGCUUUUCUUUACCCUGUUAUUGAUGACAAGGACUUGGUUGGUUUUGAUGUUCUCUCCAUUUUCCACCCUACUAACGAUGUGAUCAACUCAGUUAUUCUUGCAAGGAAGCCAAGCUUUUGAAGUUUCACUUAUGGGAUUAUGACUUGUGUGGUUUCUCUUUUCUUCCAGCCAGUUGAGAUGAUAACCAGCUAAAGAGAUACUAGCUCUAGUUUUAUAAUUCAUCCUCAUUGAUAAUAUGUCGUAGCUUGUGUUGUUUGUUUGUUCUUUCUUUUCUACUUGUUCCCUUUUUUUUUUUUGGCUUUUCACUUAUGUUUUCUGUUACUCGUAUUCAAUAAAUAAUAAAUUCUAAAAUUUUUUAUCUUUAGAUAAUGAGAAUAUAAUAUAUUUUAAAUUUAACAAUCAUUUUAAAGGUGUCUCUAAUCCAACAAUAGGGCAUAAUAUGCCUUGAACAGCCAACAAAUUAAAAUCUAUUUGUUUUUUUUCCAGUUUUGGAAGUUAAAUGAGUUGCAUCUUUAUAUUUUGCAUGCCAUAAUGAUUAGCUUAUGUUUUCAUGUUUGGGGUUGUUGGGUCAUUGUUCCAUGGUGAAUUAUGUUUUGGACCAGUUUCAAUGGCUGGUCUUUCCCUCUGCAGCCCACAAAAGAUAGAGAAAUAUAAACGUCCGACAUAUGCUAUUCGGCAGACAAGAUAGAUAUAGCAGCUAGGCACUUGGCCCAGUCAUAAAAGCACAGACCGACACAAUGGGAAGGAGCAGGAGCACAGUUGCUGAGUUGUUCUUUUCUUUUUUUCUUUUUUGAAGAAAGUUGCUGAGUUUAGUACCACCCAAGUAGAGGUGUGCAUGGAUGGUUCAAAGUCCGGUUAGUUAGGGUUCGAAACAUGGGGUUCAGAAGUCUUAGGAAGUGGCACUGGAUUUGACCUGGUUUUCUAAGUCCACGAAGACCUAACGGUGAACCAUAUUCUAGUCGAACCAGACAAAUUUAGAAUCAGCCUUAGUCAAU